AUGUUCAUGUUGCGUUUAGAUAGUGGUGGAUUUCAAAUGGUAUCAUUAUUAAAGUUGGCAUCGAUAACAGAAGAAGGCGUUGAAUUUCAAUCACCUCACGACAACACCAAAAAAAUGUUAUUAACACCUGAACAUUCAAUGUCAAUACAAAAUUCAAUUGGUGCCGACAUUAUAAUGCAAUUGGAUGAUGUUGUGUCAUCCUUAACAACAGGUCCUAGAGUUGAAGAGGCAAUGCAUAGAAGCAUUAGAUGGUUAGAUAGAUGUAUUAAAGCUCAUAAAAAACCUGAUGAACAAAAUCUAUUUGCUAUAAUACAAGGUGGAUUGGAUGCAGAUUUAAGGAAAAAAUGUCUUCAAGAAAUGAUUAAACGUGACACACCUGGAUAUGCUAUUGGUGGAUUAAGUGGUGGAGAAGAAAAAGAUAUUUUUUGGAAAAUGUAA